UGUUUUCUCACAGUUUUUCGUGGGUAAGGGGCUUUUACUGUAAUGCUGUGUCGGGCGGCUCACCUUAGCAUGGCUGCGCAUGUGUGUUUGGGAGUCGGUAAAGUUUUUUUCCUUCUCCUUUCCCUAUAAGAGGAGAGCCUCGUUACUUUCAUCCCGCACAGUCGGGUACAAUGCUGCCCUUUGACGAGCUGCUGGUCGCCGUAGGAGAGUUCGGGCCUUAUCAGAAAAGGCUCUGCAUGUUGUCAUGCAUCACCGGAAUCUUCUUCGCCUUCCUGUACGUGGGCGUCGUGUUUCUGGGCAGCACUCCAGCACACCGGUGCCGGGACCCAGGAGCAGAGAGGAUCCAGGAGUUAUGCGGCUGGACAGAAGAGGAGUUGAGGCGGCUGACGGUGUCCCGAUCGACGCCGGGCACUUUCAGCGACUGUCAGAGGUUUGACGUAGACUGGAACACCACUCGGUUCAGCUGCAGCAACCCGCAGGAUGACCUGAACUCCCUCAACACCACUCGGCUGGCUCCCUGUGCCAAUGGCUGGGCAUUUGACCCAUCUCUCUCCACCAUUGUCUCUGAGUUCCAGUUGGUAUGUGAGAAUGCAUGGCAGGCGGACCUGAACCAGGCAUUUUUAAACGUCGGCUUACUCCUGGGUGCUCUGGUGAUCGGAUAUGGAGCAGACAGAUACGGCCGAAAGCUCUGCUUCCUUAUUUCCAUUUUUGGACUUGGGAUCUCUGGCGUAGGGAUGAUAUUUUCCCCGAAUUAUAUAGUCCUUCUGGUGAUCCGCAUCAUCCAGGGAGUUUUUGGAAAAGGGGCGUGGAUGUCCGCUUAUGUCCUGGUAACUGAGAUCGUCGGUUCCGAUCAGCGGCGACUGGUGGGGACCGUGGCCCAAUUAUUCUUCACCGCCGGGGUCAUCAUUCUGCCGGGAAUCGCCUACCUCAUCCCGUCAUGGAAGACGCUGCAGUUCUCCAUGUCUGCUCCAUGCUUCCUCUUUUUGGUAUAUUACUGGCUCCUUCCAGAGUCCCCAAGAUGGCUCCUCUCUAUGAGAAGGACCACGGAGGCCAUGGAGAUAGUCAAGCAUAUGGCCAAAAAGAACGGAAAAUCCCUCCCACAAGAUUACAUUAAGAUGCAACUUCUACAGCCUAGACUUGAGGAUAAUGUAUCCAGCAAUGCAGUUCCCUGGGAUGUUUUUAAGACUCCUCAGAUGAAGAAGAUCACUUUAAUCUUGAUGUAUUCAUGGUUUACCAGCUCAGUGGUCUACCAGGGCCUGAUAAUGCGUACCGGCAUCAUUUGGGGCAACCUGCACCUGGAGUUCUUCAUAACUGGCGUGGUGGAGCUGCCCUCUGCUCUGCUCUUCUACCUGACCGUUGAUUGGCUUGGCCGCAGGAUCCCUUUUGCAGCAUCUAACAUCAUUGGAGGGUUGUCAUGUUUGGCCACUGCUUUUAUACCAGAAGAUAUCUCAUGGCUGAAGACCACUAUAGCUGUCAUUGGAAGACUAGGAAUAACGCUUGGCUUUGAAAUUGUGUACCUAAUCAGUACUGAACUUUAUCCCACAACAUUACGGAACCUGGGCGUUUCCGUGGUCUCGUCUCUCAGUGAUAUCGGUGGAAUUGCAGCCCCGUUCCUGCUCUUCAGGUUAGCCAGCGUGUGGACAGAACUUCCAAUGGUUCUAUACGGACUCAUGUGUUUAAUCUAUGGAGGUCUGGUUUUUCUCUUGCCCGAGACAAAAGGCAUUGAUCUGCCUGAGAGUACUGAGGACAUAGAAGCUCUGAAAAGAGUUGAAAUGGCACCUACAAAUGGAUAGAGGCCAGCUAUGUCACUGCACAAGCUCCCGAAAAGCUGAACAAACAGGACGUUGCCUCCUCCAGCAAGGAAUGGGAAAAUGGGCGGAGCCAGGGCAGACCCAAUCACAAAGCAGUGCGAGUUUAUGUCAGGAUCCAGGUUUUUUACCAUAUAUGCAACUUUCAGGCUUGAUAAAACUUGCUAAACACAAUGUGUAGAGUAGAAAUAUGAUUGGACCUAUCUUCAGGUUAUUAAUGAAUGCCCUAAAAACGCUUUAAAACAUCUUGUCAGUCAUCAAUCCUUUUUUUAUCUUAAAGAUACGUCUGGGUCUCAGCCCGUAUCUUGAUCAUUAUAGGGGAGAGGUCAAAUAUACGGUAUAACAUAAGAUACAUCACACACAUUUAACUAAAUCUCUUCAGUAGCAGCGCAGUCAGUUGGUUUUGGUUCUUGUCGCACCCUGCACACAAAUACGUACGUCUGCUUCGAACAUCUCUCGACAAAUUCUAUUAAGGCUUUUGUGGGGUGUAAGUAUGACCGGACACUAUUUGAUAGGAUGUCAGUCAACAGAUGACUGCAUAUUCGUUUUUCAGGAUAUUUAGGUAAUAUUGUUUUGCUAGACUGACAUUGAAUGAUAUGAAAAGGGGCAAAAUGGUGGAUCAUGUGAUUCAAUUAAAAUGGUAUUGUCCUAUCUUCACGUAAAUAUUCCACUUCCGUUACAUAGAGCAGGCAUUUAAAAAGACAGGCCUUGAGCAGCUAUAAAGGCAGGCCUUGUAUAUCAUAAUGUACCAUUUCACAUGAUUUAUUUUGAUCAAGGGUCUGAAGAUCACAAAAUCUAGUGCUUGUAAAAACAUACCCCAUUAAUCUGAGUUUCCCCAUGAAAAUGUCAUACUGCAGUGAAGCUACACUUAAACCUUUACAUAAAACUAAGAUUCAGUCAAGUAAUUUAGCUACAACAGAAAAUGAACAAAACAUUUCAACUUUUGCAGAAUACUUAAAUCCAUUAAUAGAACCAAGAUAGCUGUAAUUCUUUUAGUUUAGCAGUUGCCUGGAUUUGUACAUUAUGCAAAUUAGGGGGGGAAAUAGUACGAUAUAGUUUAAAUAAAAUGUACACAUUUUAUUCAGAAAUAUUGUGCGAUUGGAUUAGCAAACCAGGGGACCCUGAUCAUUUUGAGACCCAAAUUUAGUCUAAUUUCAGUAGUGUAGCGGUCUGCAGGUUACUGAAGAGAGCUGCAUGUUUUUCUUAACCUAAACUGUGUUGUGAAUAUAAUUAACAACUUUUGAUUUUAACAUUUUUCUAUAUUUCUUAAUUUUUACAUUAUAUAGAUUACAGAAAGUACAACAAAUGAGGAUCACGAACAAAAUUACAUUUAGCAUAUUGUUGGUACAACUAUUACUGUAAAAGCUGCACUUAAAAUGAAUUUUAGGUUUUCAUAACUUUGAAUUCAUAUUUUGUUAGGUCAUGUGGUGUGUUCCUUGCUAUAAGAAUAUCUCAGUUUUCCCCAAUACACAAGGCCAAUUAUUCACCAGAUAAAGAUAAUCUCUUUUACUGUAUUGUUAUUGUUUUUUUACUAAUUGUAUUUUGCUGUAAAAUUCAACUGAAGCAACUCUGAAUAAGAAUAUUCAAUAUUAAGAAAUGUAUAUGAAAAUUCACCAAAAUAUUUACCCACAUAAAUCUUGU